AUAUGAUGACCCCAAUGCGUUACAUCUUGCUUGUCUUGAGCGUUAUUAUUUCAAUUCACUACAUCACGAGCUUUACGUAUGAGGAAUACGGAAAGGCGACAUCCAUCUCAAAUAUCGCAGAACAAUGGACUGGUCUAAAGUCAAACCCUCUCUACAAAACACCCGUGCCAGACGAGUACUGCAAGCCCGAUUCGUCCAUGCACUUACAAGAUCGCAGAGCGAACACCUCGAUCAUCGUACUUGUACAGAACUCUGAGCUUUGGGGAAUCAUGAGUAGUAUGAAGCAACUCGAGGAUAGGUUCAACAGGAAGUUCCAGUAUCCUUAUGUCUUCCUCAACGACGAGCCCUUUACGCAGAGCUUCAAACAUCACAUAUGGGCCUUAACCAAUGCCACGGUCGAAUUCAGUCUCAUCCCAUCCGACCAUUGGCAUCAACCAUCGUGGAUCGAUGAAGAACGAGCAAGCAAGUCUCGCGAUGACAUGGUUAAGAACGAUGUGAUUUACGGAGGUAGGUUAUCUUACAGUUCUAAGCAUACAUGUAGUUUCUUCUAUCAACAUGAGCUCUUGCAGAAGUACCGGUACUAUUGGAGAGUCGAGCCAGACAUCCAGCUAUUCUGCGAUUCUCAAACGUCAACAGGCUUUACUAUAUCAUUAUACAAAUUCCCAACUACAAUCCCAAUGCUAUGGAACACUGUAAAGUCUUUCAUUGAUGCUAAUCCUGACUUGGUAACUCCUGGAAAUACAAUGGAAUUUCUCUGUGAUGAUGGCGGAGAAUCCUACAGUCUGUGCCACUUCUGGGGCAACUUUGAAAUAGCAGAUCUCGACUUCUGGCGGGGCGAGGCAUAUUCGAAAUUCUUCGACUAUCUUGAUGAGCAGGGUGGAUUCUAUUAUGAGCGUUGGGGAGAUGCACCAGUUCAUAGCAUCGGAGCUGGACUGUUCGCGAAGAAGGAACAAAUUCACUUCUUCAAUGACAUCGGGUAUCGCCAUGACCACUUUGAGCACUGUCUGCAGGGAGAUGUGCACACGAAAGGAAAAUGUUGGUGCGACCCUGAUAAGAGUGUCGACUAUCAGGUAUAUUCAUGCCUUUACCAAUAUGAUAAGCUAUUAUUGUAG